AUGCAUCUCUCCCACGAAAUUUCCUACCAGUUUUCACAAUUUGGGUUUGUUUCUUCGUUAAUUUGCAAUUCGGUAUUUCUGUAUCUCACUGCGUUCCGCAUCAAAAAAAUCACUGGAACAUAUAAACUAAUGGUCUUAGUAUUUGCUUCUGUUGGAAUCGUUUUCUCAGCAUGGGAUUUGAUUGCGCGACCAUUUGCACACAGUUUCAAUGCAGGAUUCGUAUAUUUCAGCUUGAACUCUUUGAUUCAAGAAUAUCCAUACUUUUUUCAAUUUGCAAUCCUACUAUAUGCCAGUUUUUAUAUAGUAAUUUUGGCAAUUAUUGCAGUGCAGUUCGCCUUUCGUUAUUCAACUCUAUAUAAACCAAAUAUUGCCAAGAACUUUGGGGGAUAU